GGCCACGAAGGAAAGGGAAAUGUGGAAAAUCGCGGGGCGCACCCUCUCCUCCGCCAGUGGUUCCCAAUUCGAUCUACACGGGACCACUUGCUUCCCUCGCCUCGCUCUCCCUCCCAGUCCGCCACCGGGCUCGCCACGGCACACGACUCGGCGCCGUCUGUUGCAUCCGCGCAGCGGCGGCAGCUAGACCGGUGGACAUCUCCGCCAAACAAGCAGUAGCAGACUAGCAAGGUCGGCGCAUGUCGAGCGCGGUGGUGAAUGGGCUGGCCGGCGCCGGCGGCGGCAUCAUCGCCCAGAUCAUCACCUACCCCCUCCAGACCGUGAACACUCGGCAGCAGACUGAGAGGUCAACGAAGAAGAAGAAGGCCGGUGGAGGCGCUGCCUCCGAUGCUUCAACCCUCUUCCAGAUGCUCCAGCUGAUUCAGACGGAAGGCUGGGGUGGGUUGUACAGCGGUCUCAAGCCCUCACUUAUUGGCACGGCUGCCUCUCAGGGAAUAUAUUACUACUUCUACCAGCUUCUCAAGAACAAGGUGGAAGGUGUAGCAGCUGAUCGCGGCAAGAAGGGCCUGGGGGAUGGUACUGUUGGGAUGUUUUCUUGGCUUGUUAUUGCGGCUGUUGCUGGGUCAAUCAAUGUUCUUCUUACUAUUCCGAUAUGGGUUCUUGUGACACGUAUGCAGACACAUACGCAGGCAGAAAGGAAGAUGAUAGAUUCGAAGAGGGAGCUUUUGCUGAAGGAAAUAUCUAGGUCCAAUUCAAUGGAUGUUUCAGUUCUCAAGGAUAGGUUAGCUAAACUUGAUUCUGAAAAACCUCUUCCAUAUGGUACACUUCAAGCGAUUCGGGAGGUCUAUCGUGAAUCAGGCAUAAGCGGAUUCUGGAAAGGACUUGUUCCGACACUAAUCAUGGUAUGUAAUCCAUCAAUUCAGUUUAUGAUAUAUGAAACAUUGGCAAAGCGUCUCCGGUCAAAGCAGUCCAGAAAGCAACUCCCCAAGAAGAACAUCACUGCUAUGGAGGUAUUCUUAUUAGGUGCAAUAGCGAAACUGGGAGCUACUGUUGUGACCUACCCAUUGCUAGUGGUUAAGUCUAGGUUGCAAGCAAAACAAGAAAUUGGCAGGAAUGCGAUGUCCAGAUACACAGGUACAAUAGAUGCGAUAAUAAAGAUGAUUCGCUACGAGGGAUUGCACGGAUUCUACAAAGGAAUGGGUACAAAGAUUGUACAGAGUGUUUUUGCCGCUUCGGUCCUUUUUAUGGUGAAGGAGGAGCUGGUUAAGUUUGUAGUUCUUUUAGUUGCCAGGAGUAGGACUCUGCUUCUUACUAGAAAUAAAAAAGGAUAGGUCUUUUUUUGUGAUAGAAUUAUUUAAUUGUCUCUACGCGUAAUAUCCUGUUUGAAAUUGCUCUUUCAAUUCUUUAUUAGUUAUGAAAUAUCUCAAAAUGCUACUGGUGCUCUUUUUGUU